CAUGUCGACACUGACGUUCACAUAGACUGUGGAUUGUUAUGACUGUACUCACGUAUUUAUGGGAGUUGAUGCGUUCGUCAUCUCGAAUUUGCGAAUGUUCCAAGUGCAAUACGACACACCAAAACGAAAAGAUCACAAGUCUACGAGAAAUGAAUUAACAUUUUGAAUAUUUUUUAUAUGUAUGGGCAUCGCGGCCCGUGUCGAAUUUCGCAGUUAUCGACUGUGACAACUGUAUUAUGCUCGCCCAAGCCCAUUGCACGUGUUGUCGGAAGUUUAUUUGUUCAAUAGAAUAACAAUGUUACAAACGUUGAUGCUGCUCAAUUAACUAAUCACAAACAGGCGAUACCGGCUCCUUUCCCAAAGAAUGAUGAUGAGAUGUUCCACCAAAUCGCCGAUUAUAUUGUAAAGCACGGCAAUGUGUUCUUCCCGGGAUGGUUUGGUGGUCGGAAUGCCGAAGAUAUCACAGAGUCCGAGUUUCGUGCUAUGUUUGCGGCAAAUUAUCAUAACAAAUCUGUGGCUAAGAUGAGUAAAUUGCAGAACCAGCAAUUUGAUUCUCUAUUGAAAAUUCUCAGGGAUCGCACUGGCGCCGGAUUCAAGGAGGAGGACGGAUCAAGCGGACGGGUGUACUACGAUGACACGGAGGGCUUCCCCGCUGGCUAUUUGCAGCACACUCGAGACAACUUACAUGUAGUACAUCACCCAUUAAUUCUGUAUCUUUGGUCGCAUAUCGCUGGAAUAGCAUCAGAAUUUGUGCUCUGGGGACUCUGUUUUAAUAAAGAGUGUGACGCGGAGACGAGCAUCUCAUACUGGCAUAAACCAGCGGGCUUGCCAGUAUCAGUUUGCCAACAACGGAAGCCCAUCGUAUUCGCCCAUGGGAUGGGGGUUGGUCUCAGCGCAUACUUGCAUGUUAUAUGGAGUUUGUGCAAUCUAAGUUCGUACACCAUGGAUGCGGAAGAAGCAGUGGACAAUCGCGAUGUGUACCUAAUGGACUUCCCACAUAUUGCAAUGCGGAUAUGCGAUGACGUACCUACUGUUGACACUAUCAAUGAGACUAUUCGCAACUUUUUGCGCAAUGAUGGGCAUACGUCUGCCUCUUUUGUUGGGCACAGCUACGGAUCUGUGAUUCUCGCGCGUAUGGCCAAGACCUAUCCCCACCUAAUGCACACGUCUAUUUACAUAGAUCCUAUUUGCUUUCUACUGUACAUCCCGAAGGUGGUGAAUAGCUUUGUGUACCGAAAACCCGAUAACCAUUGGUUUCAAUGGGCCAGGUACUAUGGAUGCAGCAGAGAGCUCUACAUGCAGAACGUUCUCUGUAGGAAUUUCUGGUGGUAUCAAUACAAUAUGCAUCCCACCGAAAUCCCUGCAAAUUCCUUGGUUGUGGCAUCCAUGAAAGAUGACAUCGUACCUAGUGAUCUUGUGGUGGAUCACAUAAAACACCUUUCACCAGAGACUAAGCUAAUGCUGCCGGAUUACUACCAUGCUGAAUUUAUGGCACAUCCAUACUUCAUCGGGGACCUGAUGACGCAACUUGUAGCAUUAGAAGACGGUGUCGAACUAACCAAGCAGAGGAAAGACAAAGUGUUCGCUGCGUAA